AUGACGGAACCGCCAACAGGUUCCGGGGCACUCCCAUUGCAGGAGUACAGACGGGAGAUCCCGCCUGGAUGGGUGCCUGGUGAUGCCAGUUAUCCACUUCGGCUUUACUUCGACCGUCUUCGCCUCUGGUACCGAGUGACCAACCUGGAUGAUGAGAUCAUUGGACCUCUGCUGGCUGGACGGCUCUACGGCAAAGCUGGAAAGAUCGCCUUGGCUCUGAAGGUACCCCGUCCUGAUGGGACGUUUGACACGGGGGACGCGGCAUUGAGCCGACUUGCAGUUGAUGAAGUUCGUGAUCCAACUACUGGGGCAUUGCUGCAGGAACACAUCCCUUCAGGUGUUCAGUACCUCACGGACGCUCUGAAGAAUGCCUUCGGCCAGAUGGAUCAGGACCUGGCCACACAGGCCUUGGAGCGUUUCUUCAACUGCAACCGUGGCAAGAUGAGCUUGGCCGAGUACUCCGUGGAGUUUGAGACUCGGCUGGACGAGGCAAGUGACCGUGCUGGGUUGUCCCUCAACAAUGUUGGCCGCUUCUACCUCUUCUUCCGUGGAUCAGGUCUGGGAACGAAAACCAUCGAUGACAUAAAGCUCCAAGUUGGUGGCGACUACAACCGCUUCCAAGAUGCAAGGCAGUUGGCAUUGCGUCUGAGUCCGAACCGCCACAACGAUGGAGCUGAGAUCUUCUAUGAGGACUCUUGGGACUAUGACAACGAGAUCUACUAUGACCAGGACGACUGGUACGACUUCCCGGAAGAUGAAUGGUGGUCAUACUAUGAGGAUGGCACCUGGUACGGCGAUGACUACGAUGACCCAUGGUACGAGUGCUACGAGGAGGAUGAGUCUUGGAACUAUGAGCCACCUGGAGAACAAGGUGGACAAGAAGCACAAGCCUCAGAAGAACCUGUGAAGGAUGAUGCAAGUGGCACUGGAGAGUACUAUGGUAAGGGCGGCAAACAUGGAAGUCAAGAAGGAUGCUUCAACUGUGGCUCCAAGUGGCACAUGGUGAAAGAUUGCCCACUGGCGAGGAAACCGACUUCUCACAAGGGCAAGGGAGCAUCCUAUUGGAAAGGCAAAGGCUAUGGCGGCAAGAACCAUGCGAAGGGCUGGAAUCGGCGACCCUACUUCAAGGGCAACUUCAAGGGCAAGAAAGGCUAUGGGAAGAGCAAGAACGGCAAGAAAGGAUUCAGUCGUUUUGGCAAGGGCUCAUGGUUCACCUCUUCGACAUCAAGUGAAACCCCACUGGCUGCUCCUGUGCUGAUGGCAUCAAGAGGCCUGAACAUCACGGAUGGUAUCCCUGAUGAGUCAACGAAGAUGAGAAGACAAGCCUCACACAACGCCAAGGAGUAUGUCAUCCACACGUCUUCCGAGGAGCAGGAGGAGGUUUUGAAGCUGAGCAGAUCUUCCAAUCAGGAGAAAACCCAUGAGGCUGCCAACACCGACAAGACCACGGAGAAAGCUGAUGAUGAAGGUUCCAACAGUGGUCGUGCCAAGAAGAACCACUCCGUUGCCUUCAGCUUUGCAUCCAGCUUCUGCGACAACAACGAGUACUUCGUGGUCAGAGGGCAGAAACGCAGAGGACUUUUGAUAGAUCCUGGCGCAGCUUCUGGGCUGAUUGGAAGUGAAACCUUGCGUGACUUGCUGGAGACCUGCGUGUAUCCUUUUGGCACCCAGGACAACUAUGAGAUCAGGUAUGAUCGCACAUCUCCAGUGAGCGGCAUCAACGGAGCUUCAGACAGAACGCUUGGACAAGUGACUGUGCCAUUGCAAACAAACGGACAGUCAAUAUCCUACACCGGUGAGAUUCUUGGAGGACAAGGCAGUCUGUGUCCGGCACUUGUCGGCAACCCUGCACUUCGCAGCAUGAACAGCGUCCUGUUCACCAACUACUUUGAGAAUGGCGAUGGACUGCUCUCCACUGACUAUGUCACUGAGAAGGACGGUGAGGAGAUCAAGCGCUUCAAGCUCUUCAGACUGCUGCUGACUGAAUCAGGGCACUAUCUACUUCCCACAGAUGAGCCUGGAACGAAGAACAAGCUCCCUGAUGGAACGCGUCAAGAAGUUGUGGCGUUCUACACCAAGGUGGUCAAGGAGUCAAUGCGGCUCUGGAAUGAUGUGAGCGAAAAGAUGAGACACUGCUUCUUCAGUGAUGCGACCCUGGCGACACAGACAGAAGGCGACCGGGGUGAUCUACUACAACCUUGUGAAGAUCCUGAAGAAUGUGGAAAACAGGAGACUGCCGAGAUGCUUCCAGCUCCUGACAGUUUGGACAAGAUCGGCAACAAAGAGGCCCAAGAUGUUUCACUCAACGGCAUUUUGCCGGAAUCACAAUUUUCCCACGACACGCACAACGAGGAAAAGCCCUGCGAUUUGUUUCACAACCAAGAGGCACAACUUUUGCACUCCGAUGAGAUUUUCCCGCGCUACAAGGAGGACCAGAUCCCCGAGAACAUGGACCACAACAAGAUGGUGAAGAGGUACCGAGCUAUCCCUGAGGAGUUCUACAGCAAGUCUGGCUUUAGACCCAUCACACCAUCGAACUUUCCAAAGUGGUUCCAACGUGCUCGCAACAAGGGACUCAAAUGGCACUUUUGGGAGAUUUGCAGUGGAUCAGGCAGAUUGUCUUUGACCCUGCUUCUUGCUGGACUGGUGAUUGGGCCACCCAUCGAUGCACGAUAUGGCUGGGACCUCAAUGACCUUGGACACCAACGCUACCUCAACAUGGCCAGGAACGAGUUUGCACCUGGUGUCAUUCACUGCUCUCCAGACUGUGCUCCCUGGUCAGUGUCAUCAAACUUGAAGGACCCAGAACUACGUCAUCUAGAACGACUUCGUGAUCAACCUGGAUUGGCAUGGAUCCAAGAAACUUGUGAGUAUCAAGAUGCACAUGAUCGAGGCUAUGUCAUCGAACAACCCCUUGGCAGUGCGAUGAUGAAAGAUGGACCUGAGACUCCCAUUCACCUGGAGAGGAUCCAAGGCAAUCGUUCCAAACAACGAGUUGAUCAGUGCAUGCAUGAAGCUCGAGAUGAACGUGGCUGGCUGAUACAAAAGGCAACUGGACUUUCUGCCAACUUCAAGUUUGUUAAGACAGCAUUGCGAUGCUCUGGACACAACGGCCAGCAACAUUCCCAUCUCCAAGGCCAAGCACCAAAUGGACUUUCAAGGACUUCUAUGGCUGCAGUGUACCCCAAGACGAUGUGUCAACGCAUGAGGCUAGACAUCAUCCGGUACCUGGACCAGAAGAAGCUCCUCAACAUCAAGGCUUGGCCCAAAGAAUUGUCUUGGUUCUCAGCCCAACACUUCUAUGAGUGCGUCAGAUGCACCCUAGGACGAUCAUGUCCGAAAGGCAUUGAACACACCAUGAUUCCUGGACAAUGUCGACAUGGCAAGCGGGCUACAGGCACUGAACCUGAGACCAAGAGUGACCCUGUCAAGCGAUGGAAAACAACCACCAACAAAGAGACCAUGGAACAAGUCAUUCUCAACAACAACAGCAACAUCGAGAUGACGGUGGAGUGCUCUCACUGGCUCAAGAAGAUGCUCAUGGAGACUGUCCACAAUGCACUUGGACUUUUCAGCGAAGCCUCCAACAGGAAGGUGGAGUACGAACACUGGAUUGACAAUGCCCUGAUGCUCUCACUCUUCAAGGAGGUCUUCAACCAGCACAUGGAGGUCAAGGCUGUGAAGGUCAGUUUGCGACCCUUCAAGAAGUCUCCACCAAAUCCACAGGUGGUGUCAUCAACAGCCUACCUACGACUUCACAUUGUGGGCAAUGUCAAGGAGUGGCAACUUCAUCCAAUAGAAGAUUUGCGUGAGAUGAGCCACAACCAAAUCCAUGCGGACAUCGACGUGGAAGAUUGGCUGGUGACUGUUUAUGGUCAAGAACUAGGAACAGUUCCAGCUCCAUCUACACCAACAUCAAGGCCAAGAAGCAUUCCACCACAGCCUGAACUACCACCACGACAAGACGAUGCUGCACUAAUUCCUCAAGUACGAGAACGACCUGCAGAUCCUGGAGAACAAGUCGCGAUCCAAGAAGCACCAUACGAAGAGUUUGAUGCGCACGAUCGCAAGGACUUGGACAACAUCAGACCUAUCAAGCCCAACUACAACAUCAGAAGAGUGCUGCACAAGUUGCCCAGCUUGGUCACCAACGGCGACAUCACACGAGCGCGACAAUUGCUGCUCGGACUACAUGAACGACUAUGGCACACACCUGUCUCAGACUUUGUCAGUCUUCUUCGACGUGCUGGAAUGCCAACAGAAGUUCUUGAACAAGCACGAGAAGCUGUGGCAGGAUGUGCAGUGUGUCGCAAAUACAUCAGGUUGCCAAAUCGACCACAAACCAGAACCGGAGGAGCUCAUGUCUUCAAUGAAGCAAUCCAGAUCGACCUCUUCAACAUGGAUGGCUCCUGGUUCCUGAUCAUGCUGGAUGAGGCAACCCGCUUCAAGAUGUGCAGUGUGGUGGAAGGACAAGAAAGUGAUCAGCUGUUGUCCUGCAUCCUCAAGUCCUGGAUCUACAUGUUUGGCCCACCGUUCAAGAUCAUCAUGGAUCAACAAUGCAGCUUGAUGGGACAUGAGACAGCUACAGAGUUUGAACGUUUGGGCAUGACAAGAGUUCCCAAGGGCACCACAGCAGGACAAGGAGCAGAACAACAUACUGGCACUGGACUUGUCGAACGACAUGUACAACUGCUGAAGCUAACCAUGCUCAAACUACGUGCUGAACUUGCCCGACAAGGACUGCCUCAUGAUCCACAAGAUCUAUGCCAAGAAGGAGCUAUGGCUCACAACAUCACCUUGAACUAUGGUGGAGCAACUCCAUCGAUGGCAGUCUUCGGCAUGCUCCCACGUGGCUUUUAUGAGCUGGACAGCGACGGCAUCAUGACCACCACUGGGGCACUCCAGACUGAUGUCACACCCUUUGAACGUGCCAUCAGAAUCCGACAGACAGCUCUUGCUCAGACACAGCAGGCAAUUGCAGAAGAUCGAGUAGCUCGAGCAAGCAGAACCAAGCCACACCAACUCAAGCUUGGCGAGAUGACUGCUGGAACGUCGGAGGUGGAGUUUUGUCGGGAGGUCAAAGGAGACCCAGGCUGGCGUGGACCUGCACUACUUCUACGACUUGACGAACAAGAAGGCACUGCAGUGAUCCAAUACCAGGGGAAACCAUACCUGGUAGCCUUGAGACACAUCAGGCCUUAUCAAGGCAUUUUCAUGGUGGAGGUGCAGAACGAGACGGUUGAGACAGCGCUACAUCAUUUGAUGCGCUAUGUGGAAAGCCUCACCGACUACAAGAUCUACACGUGCGGAUGGCUUCAGAAGAAGAAUGGCUCUUGGUACAAAGUGCCCAAGGAUGAAUAUCCUGUCACGGCAUCAUGUAGAGCGUACUCCAUCAUGGAAUGCAAGAAUGCAAACCACCUACAAGUCAAGAAGUUCAGUGGGUUAGCACGAGAAGAUCUUUGUGUCCUGUACUUUUACUACUACCAGUUUCCUUCUGCAGAGAUGGAAUCAGUGGAACAACCUGCAAAGUCUGUGGCCAUCAAUCCUUCUCCACCUCAACAACCUGAAGAUGGUGCACAAGACAUGCAGAUUGAUCCAGUGAACAGAAAACGUGAUGGGCCAGAAACUCGAACAGUUGUUCUUGCCCCUGAACGCAAGAAGCAAAAGAUGAUGAUGGUUCGUCGAGACCUGGAGUUCCUGAGGAUGUUCUACAUCGAGGACUCCCGCAACAAGCAGAUCUUGGUGGACUUCCCAGAGGACUGGCGGAUUGGCUAUGACCUCAUGACCAUUGCCACCAGGAACUUUCUACUUCAACGACGAGAACAAGAACGUGCUGCUCUACCUGUGCUCUUCAACAUCGAGUACAAGCAGGACUCAGCAGCCAUUGCGUGCUUGCGCACCGCCAAGAUCUACAAGGUUGAUGACGAGACCAAGAACAUCGAGGAUGAGGCUAUCACACCAGAACUAUGGGAUCAAGUGGAUGCUGCAGACAAGGCUGAGAUCGCCCAGUUUGUCAAUGAAGGAGCCUUCAAGAAGAUCCACAAGGACCAGAUCACGGCAGAGAUGACUGUUGUGGAUGCAAGAUGGAUCAGGAAGUGGAAAAGACAUCCAGACCGCAGCUUGCGGGUGAAGUCACGCUUGUGCGCGAGAGGUUUCUUGGACAAGCAGAAGGGCGAGCUCACAACACGUUCAACUACGGCAACCAGAUUGAGCCAGAGAAUCUUGGUGAGUCAUGCGGCCAGUGAUGCAUCCAGAACAUUGGAAAGCAUCGACAUAUCUGGUGCAUUCCUGAAGGGCUUCAACUUUGAACAGAUCAGAGAAGCAUUACGUCAGAUGGGCAUUGAUUCACCUCACAGGACGGUGAUCAUCAUACCGCCACUGAACGUCUUCAGGCAUCUGGCUGAGCUUUCAGACAAGUUCCACAUACCAGAGCACCAGAUCCAUGACUAUGCCCUCCUGGCCAUCAAGCCGAUUUAUGGGUUGAACGAUGCACCUUUGGCAUGGCAACUUUGUCUCCACAACCACAUCAAGGACAGCGGUGGACAAAAGUCACAUCUGGAUGAAAACACCUUCAGUUGGAAGGAGAAUGGUGACUGCAUUGCCAUGGCGACCACACAUGUGGAUGACAUUGCCAUCUCAGCACCCAUCAAAUGGAUCAACAACACCAACGAGUCCUUCACCAAGCGAUUUGGCAAGGUGACCAGACAGCAACUACCAUUUUCACAUUGCGGCUGUGAAUAUACAAUGGUCUCUGAUGGCUACAAGAUCUGCCAGAAGGAGUUUGCCGAGAAGGUCAAACCAGCACCAGUGCCCAAUCGUCCAGACUCCUCGCGUUUGACCAAGGAGGAGCUCUCCAACUACAGAUCAAUACUGGGCGCACUGUUGUGGCUGACAGCUACCAGACUUGACCUGAUUGCUGACAUCUCCCUGCUGCAGAGUCGUGUCACGAUCGCAGAAGUCAAGGACUUGAAGCAGGCAAAUCAGGUGCUUGAGAAAGUGCUGGAGUUCAAGGAUGUUGGCCUUUACUACCGCCACUUCAAGACCAAACAUCGACGGCUGGUAUGCAUACAUGAUGCGUCUUCAGCCUCAAAAGGAAGGAACUAUGCCCAAGAAGGCAUUCUUGUUGGACUGGCAGAUGACCUCUUCUACAACAAGACGCUGGACACCGAGAUGGUCUUUGAUGAUGCCGGCCCCUUUGGAGUUCAACUUCAUGGAGGAGUGUUUCACAUUUUGCACUCCAGCGGUGGAAAGGCAAAGAGAGUGAGCUACUCAACAUCGCAUGCAGAAACACUUUCAAUGGUUGGCGGCAUGGAGACCACUACACUCAUCAUGGUGAGGAUGGCCGAGAUCAUGCACAAGGAGAAAGCUCCCAGCAUCCAACAGCUCAUUGGAAUUCAAGAAGGCGGCUUUCCUGAACUUCCCAUGGACUUUUACGGGGACUGUAAGGACGUCUUCGAGCUGGUGACUGGUGUGCGGACUCUCCCACAAGACAAAGGUCAACGCCUCUACAUCCUGAGCAUCAAGGAGAGCCGAAUCUCUGGAAGAAUGCGCAUGAUGGUGCUGGUGCCUACAGAUUGCAUGACAUCGGACUCACUGACGAAACCGAUGAUACACCACAGCAUGCUCUACCUGCUGACAACUGGAAUGGUGCAAUUUGCAAAUCAAGAAGAUCAUCCAGUAACUGCCAGAAUUCUUCCCGCACUGGAAAACUAUGAUGAGCACGACAUCGUGAAGACGGAUGAAGAGAUCAUUGAGCUGACCAAAGGAAAAGACUGCAAGGUCUGUCAUUCGACUAUGUUGCUUGGAAUGCUGGCAUCAAAGAAGGUGCUCACGCAGACAGUUUUGGCUGCGACAAUGCUGCAGGUGACUUCGGCGGCUGCCAUGGAGAAUGACGCCGAGUCGAACGAGAACAAGACCUAUGCUGGUGUCUACGUGAUGAUUUUCUUCACAGUCAUCAUUGCAAUCAACCUGGAAAAGAUGAUGUCCUACAUCGGAAGAAAGAUCUCUCCGCCUCAAGUUCGACGGAGAACACGGCGACCUCUGGUAAAAGAAGAACAAGCAGCUUCACCUAUGGAUGUGGAUCAAUCCAACUUGGGCAUGAUGGAUGAGUCCACAGAUGAUGAGAUUCGACAGCUGCGGAAAAGACUGCGCAUCGAGAAAGAAGAGCAGGACGACCUCAAAGUCGUGAUCCAGGUGCGCAACCAGGCACUUGAAAACUUGCAGGAAGUUGUGGAUGAGAAAACACGAGAAGCAGUCAGCUGGAAAGAUUUUGCAGAAAGAAUUUCAACGAGUUUGGAAAACCACAAGACCAUCAAGGAGGAGAACGAAGAGAAGAUUGCAACAAUGGAAAGUCAGAUGAACCUCCUGGAGGAGAACAUUGAAAAGCUUGCAAAUGACAAUACCGAUCUGCAGAAGAAGAUCAAAUUUGUGACUGGCGAGAACAAGAUGAAAGAAGGAGUCAUCGCUUCUGCACAACGGAAGAUGGCACAGUUGCAAGAACAGCAGAAGGAGGAAAAGAAGAAGCACCGAGAUGGACAAGAACUGUUUGGAAUGCAUCCUGCGCCUGCGCCUGCGCCUUCUACUGCUGCUGCUGCGCCGAUGGCGGAUGUGGAGAAGGAAGAGUUCAAGAAGCGCAUUGAGCAGCUUGAGGCCGAUUGUAGGAGGUUUAGGGAAUUGAAUGGCCAAUACGGCCGAGAGAUACAAGAUCUCCGCGGGAAAUUGGUGGACGCAAAGGCACCACCGAAGAUUUUCGUGACCAAGUCAGGCACAUGCUACCAUGAGGCCAGCUGCAAUCACCUCAAGCAUGGUGCCCAGGACAGGCCACGUGCAGAGUACAGCCGAUGCCGCCAUCCCCAAUGGGAGUAUCGCUUGUGGACGGAUAAAGACGCGGCGGUGAUCUUGCAGCACCAUCCUGGACUCUUGCAGGCAUUUGAAGCUGCAAGCAACCCUGCGGAGAAGAGUGACAUACUUCGUCUGGUGAUUGUUUUGGAGCAGGGAGGCUUGUACGUCGAUAUGGACUUUGAGUGCUUACGACCUCUUGAUGAAUUGCAUCAUGCGACAUCCUUCUACACUGGAGUGUCAAAUGUUGGUGCCUUUGAGUUGAACAACGGCCUCUUUGCGGCAGCGCCAAGGCACCCACUCGUGGCUUUUUAUUGCGAGCAUGUUGGCAAACCGUGGCCAGAGUGGGGGCAGGAUGAUGUUGAACCUGGCGAAGCAGUAGCACACCAACUGCAGAGGUCGGGGAUGCUGGGCGUCGAGCUUGCAAAGGGAAAGGCUUCCUUCAUUGCAGACACUGGGCCGGGCUUCUUCACACGUGCCACCAUGAGGGCUUUGCCUUUGGUUGCAGGUUCUGCUGACCUUGCAGCUCCAGCAGCUCCAGCAGCUCCAAUCUUGAUUUGCCCUCCAGAGGUCUUCUAUCCCUUGCCAAACAGCGACAGAACUUCACCCUUAGAGGAGAUCAUCAAAUACAGGACGGAGUCUUCUGUAGCGAUUCACCACUGGUUGAGGACGUGGGCUGAAAGUGAAGGAUUUGAGAAAAGAGCACGCAUGAUGUUGCCGAGGGCUUGCCGAUACUAUCCGAUACUGUACAUAGUCCCUCAAUAUCCCUCAAUUCGAUAG